CAAUAUUUCAUAAAUCAAUUUACUCUAUUGUAAUUAAAAUGUGAAAAAAAAAUUUUUACAGUCAAAGGGAGCAGCAGUCGAAAACAACAUUUGAUUAUUAAUAGGUACAUUCAAUUUUAACAUAAAAGUAAGUAUUGGGGGGUUUAGCCCCUCCCAAGCUACACCCUAUUUGCGCCUAUGUAGUCAUCCAACAAUUUAGAAGCUGAUUAUUAAAUUUCGAGAGGAAGUGGGGGUAUAUAAAGCAAAAAUAGCAUUACAUAUUUACAUAACAUGGGACCCUUAAGAAAAAAACACCAAUCAGAAAAAAGUAUAAAAUUACAAUAUUUAUGUGUAAAAAUUAGUAAUAAUGAGUUGACAGUAGAAGAGUUCUUAAAUCGUAUUGGCCACUGUUAAAGAAAACGUAAUUUAUAUUAAAUGUACCUAGACUUUUUGUUCAUUUUUUUUUUCAAUAAGGACUUUGUGGCCGAUUACCGAAUACGACAUGACGUGUGUAUGGAAAUAAAACAAAAGCUAUAUGUAAAACCAAUGUGGAUUGUCUGGGCUAAUUGUACAGUUAACAGAUUACAGAAUGUCUUGAGUAUGGGAAGAACAUUUUUAAAAAGAUUGCGCCGCAAUUGGACAGGCGGUCAUCAGUGGUCUACUGUUUUAAUGUUAAGCAUUGCAUUUGGAGGAUUUGGUAUAGAUAGAUUUUAUUUAGGAUAUUGACAAGAAGGCAUAGACAAACUAUUCAUUUUAAGAGGUCUUAGUGUUCGGACACUAAUCAAUGUAUUAUUAAUAUCUAUUAGAUACCUUGGUCCAGCAGAUGGUUCUCUAUACUUGUAAGAAAAUGUUAAGAAAUUGGAUUUAUUAAAUUCUGGUUGUUUUAAAUAUGCAUUAUACUAUUAUAGUAUACAAUUUAAAAUCACUAAAAUAUUCUAUUUUGUCAAUA